GUAGAAUCGACAUUUAAAUUCCCCCAUCCUGAAACCAAAACCCUCUCUUCGAGUGGCGCUAAAUUAAAACCCUAACCCAAACCCCAAUUUCCAAAUCCCAAACCACACUCAAGAAUUUCGAUAUCACAAUCCCAACUAGAACCACAUACUAGGGUUUCAAUUGCGAAGCAAUCAAGAAAUUAGGGUUACUCAUGGCAUCCGGAAAUCCCAGAGACGGCGACUUGCAGAUGGUGCCGCGGCGCGAGAGGAAGCUAAUGCAACCGCCAAGGCCUCCAUCACCACCGCCGCCGUCGACGGCGAUCGUGGAGUACACGCCGCCGGUGUUCAAGGAGGAGGAAGAGGAUCUCGAGAUCAAGCUCCGGCGGAUACUCGAGAACGUGCCCGUCCGCGUCAGCAACACUUCCGGUAGUUCCGCUGGUUCUGGCUCCGGUGACUUUCAUCAGUAUCGACAGAUGAGACGGAAAGAGCAAGACAGGCUUGCUAGGAUGGAGGUCGACUAUCAGAAAAGGAAAGAAGAGGCAGAGUUCAACAUGAGACGGGAGGAAAGAUUGAAAGCAGCUGAAGAGCGGACAGCAAAGAAGCGUUUGAAACGUCAAAAGAAGAAGCAGAAGAGGAAGGAGAAGAGAAUGAAAACAAAUUCAGGCGGCGAAGAGAAUAACCAGAAAGAAGAAUCCUCUGACGAUGACGAGAACUCUGAUGGUAAUGCUACAGACUGAACAAGGAAUGAACCAAGUUUUAGGUUUUGAAGCAUUGGUUCUAAAGUAGAGGAACACAGGUAAUCAUUUUUCUGAGUCUAGAAGUUGCCAUGUUUGGACCUAAGAUCAACUAUUGUAAAAUCUGAGAUGUAACACCCCAAAGGACCGGAA